UUUCCUGAUACGCGGCGCUGGCAGGCAGCAGGAAAUGUAAAUCGCAACAAAUUAUGCAACAUGGAAUCCAGGAAGGACGACGUGCGCACUUGGACAGUCGUAGCUGAAGGAAUAAAAAGUUGCGCGAUCCGGCUGAGCGACUAGAUGUGUGCGCGUGGAUUUGCCUCGAUUCUGCCUGUCACUUGGUGACCUGGCGUAGGCGCGAGUUUACAGGGCUGACUGGACGAACCCACAACAUUCUGCAGAGGCUCAUGUUCUCCAGAAGAACCUGUUUGCCUACCAUGUUAAUGUAAAUCCCAGAAUCAGCUCAGAAUUUGCAUCUUGUAGAUUAUUCAUGAUGUCUCCUGGGCAGCAGAUGCAUUGUUGUACCCUCUGACCUGGUUGAAACAGUGACCCAGAAUCACUCCAACUGUCAUCCGCUUUUCCCCCUUUGAGAAUCACCGCCAACUCUCUUCCCCAUUCAAGAAUCGCUGCUAACCCUUAUCCUGGAUUUGGGGGAGGGGUAUCCCCUUGGAGAAUCACCAACACAGUGUUUCAGUUUUCACAUCAAGCCUAAAACGAUAAACCAAAGCAAGUGCACUGGAUGGGAUUGAUUUUCUGAGCCAUUCCACUACUGGCUCUGAACUGUCUGCAGGGAUGACAAGUGAAGAAGCAUCUGUUGGUGGUUAUACUGAACUGGCAAAGAGGAACAUGCAAGACUCCACAGAGGAGAAUUUUGUGGAGGAAGUCGGACAGAGCUGUAUGACAGAAGAUGAAGAGGGUGAGGAAAGUGAAGACAAUGAGCCUAAAGUAUGUCGUGUCUGUGGCGAUAAAGCCAAUGGUUACCACUUCAAUGCACUGACCUGUGAGGGCUGCAAGGGUUUCUUCAGACGUGCCAUGAAACGUACCAGCCAGUUCAGUUGUCCUUUUCAGAACUCGUGCAUCAUUACCAAAAACAACAGGCGACAGUGCCAAGCAUGCCGGCUAAAAAAAUGCCUGGAUAUUGGAAUGCGGAAAGAAUUAAUUAUGUCUGAUGAAGCUGUAGAACAGAGACGAGAACUAAUCCAGAAAAAAAAGAGACGUUGCCUACCAGCACCUUCUGUUGAGGAGAACUUGACUCAGAAACAGGAAAGUAUCAUUGAGGAGUUAUUGGAGGCUCAGCAAAAGACGUUUGACGUUUCAUUUAAGCACUUCAAGCAAUUCCGGCCUAUAAAUCGAAUUUCCUCACAAGAGCAACCCCAUAUAGUCGAUAAUGAGCAACCAAACACUAGUGACCGCUCUGAAAAUUUGCACUUCUCCAUGCUACCACAUGUGGCAGAUUUGUCGACGUACAUGAUUCAACAAAUAAUACAUUUUGCCAAAUCACUUUCAGAAUUUCGAAAACUCUUCAUUGAGGACCAGAUUGCACUCCUUAAAGGAGCUGCUUUUGAAAUCUCUCAAAUUCGCUUCAACACUGUGUUUAAUAAGGAGACAGGAUUCUGGGAAUGUGGACCACUUCAGUACGACAUUCAUGAUGCUGCCUUUGCUGGAUUCCAGUCUCAUCUUCUGGACCCAUUAUUAAAGUUUCACUACACACUACGCAACCUGAAUCUGCUUGAUGCAGAGUAUGUUCUGAUGCAGGCAAUCUCAUUGUUCUCAGCAGAUCGACCUGGUCUUACAAAUCAAGAUGUUAUUGACCAGUGUCAAGAGGAUUUUGCCAUCACACUGAAAAACUACAUUGAUACGAAGCACUGUCAACCACACAGCAAGUUCCUUUUUCCAAAGAUAAUGGCUUGCUUGACUGAGCUGCGCACAAUGAAUGAAGACUACACAAAGCAGGUGGUUCAGAUCCAGAAUAUCCAGCCCGACGUAACACCACUAAUGAUGGAAGUUUUUAGCCAUCCACUGUAGUACCAAAGCCAAUACCGACAAGUGGGAAUGGUAGCCAUGAAUGUACAUAAUCUACCGUGAGUGGCAAUAAUGACUUACUUGUGAAAGACCACUAUGAGGAUCUGCACUGUCGAGACAAAAAUGGAAAGUCCAUUAGAGUUUACUGUAGGGGGAGAAAACCGAACAGCGAGGUGAGGUGCUUCAGGGAGCCGAGCUGCAGGUUCCUACACUUAACUUUGCCAUUGAUUAACUGCCAAUGAUUAGACGGAGAAAGAGAAAUGGAAUGCAGGGGUUUUGAGCUUUGGCCAUUCACGAACCUUCAUAAAACAGCAGCCAACAUCUGGCAGAAGGCUUUAAGAAUCGACUGGCCCUGCUCAUCAGGAGGUUUGGGCACGUUGGACUAAAAGACAGGAAUUAAACACUUGAGACAUUUACACCACCAUUUACAGGUUGAUCAAACAGGAGGAGCUUGUGCUUAUGGUCCACAAUGGUCCUCAGAAGUUUCAAUGGGCUCAUUUGAAGUGGAUACGGGAAGACAGCAAGGCCAUGCGUAACAAGUUGGAUCGGUUCAGAUUGCACUGUGGGCUCCCUCUGCAAACCCACUGACUCGGGCCUCACUGGUUGUGUAGAAGAGAGGGUACACGUGUGAAAUGGGCAAUGUAACCGUGAGCAGUUCAGACCCCUUUUUUUGAAGAGUUUAAGAAAGGACGAGUCCGAUAUUUAGAAUGGCAUAUCUGUGUUAUUGUCGCCAGGGUGUGUGGGAGAGCCAGUCUGCUCAGUCUGGCACGGCCAUAAAGAGCUCUUCAAGGCCCUCCAGAUUACUACAAACGAAGAGGUAGAGACCACCAGUGUCCAAGAUUACCGCCCAGUGUAUUGUAGGUAAAAAAAAUAACAUUCAAAAUCUAACAUCGGUACUUCCUGGCACUGUUCACCUGACCAGUUACUACGGAUAAACAACUGAUGGAACGGCAUUUCAUCUCAGCAAACUCUUUCGUUUGGUUGCAAAAAGGAGAUGAAGAGUUGGGUGGUGAGAGAACUCCUCAUCAUACUGCAUAGCCACAUAACGUUUUCCCUUGAGAUUAUAACAUAAGUAAUCUGUCUAAACGUGUGGUCUUCGGCUUCAUGAGUCGAUUUUGAGCACAAAUGGAUUAUGAAAAUCCACAUUCAGCGUAUCAUAGCAUGGUAGUACUGUUUAACCCAUUUGUGUACUGAACGCCAUUUUUAUGGUUGCAGGGAAGCAGAGCCAUCGUGGCAGCAGUGGGCACAAGGCAGAAACCUGUUCUUGAUGGGCCGACUCGCUCUCACUGGGCCAGUUUGGAAAUGCAGGCCAUUCGAGCCUGGAGGAAAAGCCACAGAGAUGUAUGUGUGAUAAGAGUCUCGUGCAACGCAACGUGAUAACAAUGUAUCACAUGAUGCCACAGUACAGAACAAGACGUGCCCAGAGUGCCGAGUUUAAACCACAGCCUGGACACUCGUUUACAUCUUCUUCCUAUGUUUGAGUGAACGGUUUUCUCCCUCCCUGGGAUUCGGUCAGUUAGGUUGGGACUCCCCACAGCUCUUGGUAAGCGGGUUAGAAACUGAACGGGUGGUGCACGGUGCUUUGCUGUGCUGCCGGGCUUGGCGUUCGUCACUGUGGCCGUGUACUGGAAUAAUCCGGUUCAGGAAAGGAACUGACAAAUGAACGAUGCCACUCGGCCUGGCAUACUGUAGCUCGGCCCCAUCAACGCUGCUAUGUGGUCUCUCAUUCCGUUAAUCUGUUGAAUAUAUGGCAUGAUGCACUGUAAUAUCCUGCCUAGGGUGUGCCAACUGUGCCCAAGUUCACAAGUCCCACCACCCAGUCCAAGUAGAUGUGCCCAGUGAUCGGCCCACUCUGUUCUUGGUCUCUGAGUUUUUCCCGUGGUGGUCACUCGACCGGUGGCUGUCAGUACGGACCUCUCCGAGAGCAGGUGGCGUCUCCUUUGUUUGUGUGUACGUAAGUUAUUCGUGUCGUGUAGUUUGGAAAAACGUGUGGCGAGGAUUUCUUAAUUUAUAAUUAAGUGAAAAAUUCAGGUUUCUAUUUUGAAAAAAAUGAAUAUUUGUAGUCUACAUAAGGUACAGUAUACAUUUUUGCACAGCUUGUUCCCCCCAUUUGCUGCUAAAAUUCAUCUCAGGUUCUUCUACCUAACAGAGGCUUAUAUAAAAAUGAGCUUCACGAAUGAAUGCCUUUUUAAAAUGGACUUGAAAGCUCAACUGAAGGGCACACUGAUGCUGGACUUCAGGUUCUACAAAUGACUUGCCCUCCCAUUUUUAUUUUAAACUAUUUUCAGUUUGUCUGCUCCAUAAUUGGAUGUAGUCGCUAGACUUUUUUUAAUGUUUAUUUUAAUCUCUUGAAUCCAACUAGCAUUCCAGCCUUGAGCACUGGUGCCACGUGUGUGUUAUGGAAAGAUGCAACAGUCGUAGGAAUGAACGAUUCUACAAGUGCCUCGGGCCUACAGGGUAACGUCACGAAGGAGGACGUGUGAGCGUAUUCAGGUAUUUCAGUAGUCCAGCUGAGAUGUUGCCUACUUUAGUUAGCGUCUCCAUUAAUAUGUGACAUAACGGGGGCUUUCUUUGUAUCAAAGGUCAAUAAAAUUCUGCAAACACUGCU